AAAAAGAAAAAAAAAAGAUUCCAAUACGAAGCUUGCCGAUCACCAUCGUAUUUGAAAACGCAAUCCUGAUCCAUCGGACACUCUCACCCAUCUGCCCCCUUGUCCUCCUCCUCCAUCCUUCAUCCCAGCCAGGGGUUUCUUCUAUCGCACAUACGCAGCUUGGACACAGCCCGAGUAUCACUCAAUCGCUCACCUAAUCAACUCCCUCUUCCUCUGUACUGCUUCCCUUCACGCCUUCACAGCAGUUGUCUAGACUACGUUUCGGCCCCUUGGCUUACUUUUCGCGCCCUCCAUACCAACGACAACGCCAAAUCGCUAGCUGGGAACCAACAUAACGCAACGCAACAAGUGAGGAGCAGUGGACUGUCUUUCAACCAUGAACCCAACCUCGCCACACUAUCCGCAGUAUCCAACAUCACCCGCCUACGACCGGGCAUCGCCCACCCCCUCCUCUCCCUCUUCCCCAGCACCCUCGCACGACGGGAGUUACAAAUCCGGCUCAAAGGGCAAGAAGCCGGCCUCAGCAGCCAGGCUGCCAGAGUCCCUUCUCUCCUCAACCAUUGACUUUCCAAAACCCAAGCCAAGGAAAAAGCAACCCUCUGAGGUUGGGUCACCGGGUCCUGUCUCUGGCGCCGAUUAUCAUACCGCACACCUCCCAACUGAGGAACCCGCCAAUGAGGAGAACUCAGAAGAGGAUGAGGCAUCCAAGCAGGCUAAGGAAGAUCCAUUGGCAGCUCAGGUCUGGCGACUGUACACCAAGGCAAAGGACUCCCUGCCAAAUGGCAAGCGCCUCGAAAAUUUGACCUGGCGCAUGAUGGCGAUGACCCUACACAAAAAGAACAAGGAAAAGGAGGAUAAGGAGCGAGAGGGAAGUGCCAUGGACCUGGAGCGCCCUGUGCCCGCUGGACAACCUAGUUACAUGGAUACGGUGAGCUCCAAGCCUAUGCCCAGCAUGAGCAUCAGCAUUCCUGGGCCUAAUCAGCUCCACGGGGUCAACUCGGGACUGUACGACACCACUAUGCAGUCAGACUCGGACGACGGUCACGACUCGCAAUCGAACACAUCUUCGACAGCGUCCUCUCCAAGGGAAAUGAGGUUCAGCGGUAUACCCACAAUGACCCCGAUCAAGAGUCCGGCGCACUCCCAGAACAGCAGCUUCAAAUUCGGAUCAGGAUCAUCAUCGGUUUCGCCCACCUCACGUCAAAGGAAGGCCAACAGCAUCAACAACAAUAGUAACAACUUUGGCGCAGGCGCGACUGGGCCCUAUAAUUCUGGAGGCAGUUCCAGUAGUAGCAGGCCAACGCUCUCUCGAAGUUCGACAGGAGGUAAAUCUGGACACUCGUCGAGCUCACGCAAUAGCACGCACCGGCUAUCAAGUUAUCAUGGAAAAUCCAUGUCAGGAUCAGCAGCCGAGAAGCAAGCACAGUCGCAGGCGGUCAAGCAGACAAACUUACAGUCCGCGUCAACUGGCACGUUCCGCACCCCCAUGUCCAACCCUUACCUCGGUAGCAUCAACAUCCCUCAUGACGCUUCUUCAGGAGAUUCCGACAUUGAAUCCUCACGACCCUCUUCACCGACCACGAUCUUUCCUACGCAAACCUCUGGAAAAUCGAAAUCCAAAACGAAAUCAAAGUCAAGGGAUGAAGGGGUGCCUGUCAAGCAAGAGUCGCCGGUCCAGAAGAAGCUACUGGCGAACCCAUCGGGUGCUGCGUUUGGCGUAAAGAGCGAGAACAUGUCCGACUACAACACGAGUGAGAGUAUGUUGGGCGCCAAUCCAUUAGGAGCAGCGGGCCAAAACAUGUUCUAUCCGGAAUACUUGCUCGCCGCCGCUGCACAGCAACAGCAGCAGCAACUCCUUCAGCAGCAAUUGCAAUUACAGCAGAUGCAACAGGGAGCCAAUGAUUUUGGCGAGGUGAAUUAUGGGGAUUUGAUCUCCAUGAUGAACUUUGGCAAUGUCGAUGGAGUAACUGGAUUUAUGCAGGACCCCGAGAUGAUGAACGCUCAGUUCUUUGGCACCACGAACGAUUUGGGCGCGGGCUCACCUAAUGGACAGUCCUCCGCGUUUAUCAAUCCAGCACAGCUCCUGCCAUUCACGAACCAGCAGAUAUGGACACGGAUGAAGCCGACAAGCCGGUGCCGGCGCUACCGCCAGUCUCGCAGCGGUCUACGAGCUCUAGUCACAAGGACGCUGGAUGGAACCAGGACAACCACUCAACGACGAACAAGAAGACGCCACCGACGUCGUCUGGCUCAUCCAUCGUUCCUGGAAAGCGACCUCGGGCCCAUGCCCGUCAGUCUGCAGAGGCCAAAGCAGAAGCAACAGGCAACAAGACGUUGGACGAUUCUGGGGAUGGCGGCCCUAACUCGGUGAUGCAGCACUCGAAUACCUCGGAAACGUCACUCUCUAAUUCCGGCACGGAUAACACCACGAGCGUACCCUUGAUACCCACGAAAUGCACAAACUGCGACACACAAACAACGCCUCUCUGGCGUCGUAAUCCGGAGGGACUUCCUCUCUGUAAUGCCUGUGGUCUGUUCUUGAAGCUACACGGUGUGGUUCGGCCGCUUAGUCUUAAGACGGACGUAAUCAAGAAACGAAACCGAACAGGACCGAACGCCAAUAAUGCCAACAGCGCCAAUGGUGCUAAUGGUAGCAGUAGUAGCGGCAACAACACUAGCGGACAGUCAACAGGAGCA